AGCAGUGUGGAAGGACAGGGGUACAGGACAGCACAGAACAGGACAGCGCAGGACAGGGCUGGAGAGCAUCUCCGAUCCCUCCCGAGAGCCUCGAACUCGGAUCGCGCCAAAUCAAGAAAAAACAACAGGUAUGGAGAGCCUGUUAGAUAACCCCAUGAAAGCGGUCCUCUAUCUGAAGGAACUGACCACGAUCGUGCAGAACCAGCAGAGCCUGAUCCAGACCCAAAGGCAGCGCAUCGACGAACUGGAGAGGAGGAUGGAGGAGCUGGUGCGAGAGAACCGGCAGCUGAAGGAGAUGCCGCACCACCACCAACAGCAGCACCAUCGGCAGCACCAGCAGCAGCAGCACCAUCAGCCGCACCAUCAGCACCAGCAGCAGCAUCACCCUCCCCCCCAGCCGCCGGUCCUCCCGCAUCGUCAUCCCGCCGACAGAGCCGGGACCCUUCCCGGACACGGCCAGCCUCCCCCGCCCCCUCCAUCACAUCCACGGCAGCUCCAGCUGGUCCCCGCGGAGGAGGAGGAGGAGGAGGAAGAGGACAAGAAGAAGAGCCCCUGCUGCACAUCGCUGCUUCCGCAGACCCCCGCGACUCUGUGCAGGUCCGUGGGACUCGCCAGGAAGGCAGAGAACCAGACGGUCCUCCACCAAUUCUGCUGCCCGGCUCCUGAUGCUCCCGAAGGGGAAGGCUGCACAAGCGACUCCCAUCCACCGAGCUGUGCCAUGGAGGCUGCACCUGUCAGAACAGAGCAGGACAUGGAGCAGGAGAAGGAGAAGGAGGAGGACGAGAGCACUGGCUCCCAGGGAAGUGUGGGGCAGAAAGCCAGUCUGCACCAACCCGAAGCUCCAAUAGGGAAGAGGAGUACGGGGCCUGGCACCUGCACACACCCCCCUGCUGCUGACUAUGAACUGUCGCUUGACCUCAAAAACAAGCAGAUUGAAAUGUUAGAGCACAAAUAUGGAGGCCACAUGAUCUCCCGCCGUGCAGCCUGCAAAAUCCAGACUGCCUUUCGUCAGUACCAGCUCAGCAAGAACUUUGAGAAGAUCCGAAACUCGUUGCUGGAGAGCCGUCUGCCGCGGCGGAUCUCCAUGCGCAAGGUGCGUGUGCAGAACACCGAGAACUUCUCUGCUGAAAAGGCCCUGGUGGAGGGUUACAACUUUGUGGGAAUACCCUUGGUGCGCUCACCCUCACUGCCCACCACAGUCGGUGGCACCCUAACUGACCUGGAGGAUUCCUUCAAUGAACAGGUCCAGUCCCUGGCUAAAUCCAUAGAUGAGGCCCUCAGCACCUGGAGCCAGAAGACCAUGUGCUCUCUACAGGAUGGUGGUGCCUACCAAUUUACUGAAACUUUUAGUCAAAGGUCCUCUGGGGCUGCUGAUGGAGAUUCUGUAGUACAUGAAGGGAACCAGGAGGACAACACGGGGAGCCUACCUCGCAGUGCCAGCAAGCUGAUGAUGGCAUUCCGUGAUGUGACGGUGCAGAUCGACAACCAGAACUUCCAUGUGUCCUCCUCUGUCAUGGAAUCCACCUCUGUCUCCCUGGGUAAUUGUGUACAACAGGAAGGACCUGAGGAAACCAAAGAGCCCCCAGUGGGAGAGCAUGAGGUUACCAAGGACCUCUCAAACACAGAGCAGAGCAACACUGAAUUCCCAGAACCACCGCUGAGCGGUAAGGAGGAGCCUGGUAAAGAGCAACCAAUAGCUGUGCAGAAUCCGAACACCACGCAGACUGGGGUUGGUGUGGAGGCGGAGGCAGAAACAAUGACCGAGCCCCACCAGGAAGUGCUGGAGAUCAAGCGCACUGAGUCUGAGACGGCAGACAACAGCUCCGAACAGAUGAGCAGCAGCAGCACCUCAACUUCUGCCAAGUCAGCCUCCGAGGUCUCCUCCAAGGAGGCGCUACAGGCCAUGAUCCUCAGCCUACCACGAUACCACUGCGAAAAUCCGGCCAGCUGCAAGUCACCCACCCUCUCCACUGAUGUCAUGCGCAAGCGUCUCUACAGGAUUGGCCUCAACCUCUUCAACAUCAACCCUGACAAGGGUAUUCAGUUCCUCAUCUCUCGGGGCUUCAUCCCAGACACGCCAAUAGGCGUGGCUCACUUCCUGCUGCAGAGGAAAGGCUUGAGCCGGCAAAUGAUCGGCGAGUUCCUGGGAAACAGCAAGAAACAGUUCAACAGGGAUGUGCUGGACUGUGUGGUGGACGAGAUGGACUUCUCUGGAAUGGAACUGGACGAGGCCCUGCGCAAGUUCCAGGCCCACAUCCGGGUACAGGGGGAAGCGCAGAAGGUGGAGCGACUCAUCGAGGCUUUCAGCCAGCGUUACUGUAUGUGCAAUCCGGACAUAGUGCAACAGUUCCACAAUCCUGACACCAUUUUCAUCCUGGCUUUUGCCAUCAUCCUUCUCAACACUGACAUGUACAGUCCCAACAUCAAGCCGGACCGCAAGAUGAUGCUGGAGGACUUUAUCAGGAAUCUCAGAGGUGUUGACGACGGUGCCGAUAUCCCCCGGGACAUGGUGGCAGGUAUCUACGAACGCAUUCAACAGCGGGAGCUCCGCUCCAAUGAGGACCACGUCACCUACGUCACCAAGGUGGAGCAGUCCAUCGUGGGCAUGAAGACUGUCCUCUCUGUCCCGCACCGGAGGCUUGUGUGCUGCAGUCGACUCUUUGAAGUAUCUGACAUCAACAAAGCCCAGAAGCAGGCUGCACACCAAAGGGAGGUGUUCCUCUUCAACGACCUUAUCGUGAUACUGAAGCUGAGUCCGAAAAAGCGGAGUUCUGCAACCUACACCUUCUGUCGAGCCAUGGGUCUCUUGGGGAUGCAGUUCCACUUGUUUGAAAAUGAGUACUAUCCGCACGGCAUCACCAUCGUGUCGCCUUGCCCUGGCUCCGAGAAGAGGCAGGUGUUGAAUUUCUGCGGCCAAAGCGCCGAAGAGCUGCUCAAGUUCGUCGAGGACCUGAAGGAGUCCAUCGCUGAGGUGUCUGAGAUGGAGCAGAUACUCAUCGAAUGGGAACUGGAAAGACAACAGGGAGCCAAGACCCAUUCUGCCAAAAAUGGAACACAGCUGGAAAUCCGAGCCCACCAGGGCUCCCCACUCGCAGGCAAGCAGGACCUCGAUGGGAGGAACGGGAACAAUUCAGUGGAGGUGUCAAUUCACAACAGGCUUCAAACGUACCAGCUCAGUGCGUCCCGGAGCCCCGAGAGUGGAUCCCUCCCGGGCGCCCUUCUUAACCACCAGGGGGAGCUCUACUACCCACAGCUGCACAUGGGAGGGGCAACGCCCGUCCACAUGCCCGCCGUUGCCGACCUGCACCCAGAGACGCUCAUUCAGUGCCAGCACAUCGUCAAGGUGAUCGUCGUGGACAAGGGCGGCCGUGGCCGUGUGGAGGCCUUUCUCAGCCAGACGCCAUCCCCGCAGUUUGUCAGCUCAGCCACCUCCACGCCGGUGAGGUCACCGGAGGGCGGGAACCGGGCGGCAGCUUCCAAGAAUGCCCCCCAGCCUCCGCUGCCCCCACCACCACCUCCCUACAACCACCCCCACCAAUUCUGCCCGCCUGAGCUGCCCCUCAUCCGGCGGAGGAACUCGAGCGGCACUCGUAGCCUCAUGUAAACAAACUCCAGUUUCCUCUUCUCCAGAGAAGAUCCAUAUAUGAAAUAGAAAACAAUUGUACAUACGCAGGGAAAAAAGAAACUGGUAUAUCGAAGACACUAUAAACUAAAAGCAGAAAAACAAAUGUGAAACCUCUUUGAGAGCUCUACUUAAAUCACAAGUAUUUUUAAAAUUAAGUAGUUUUAACAAAUUUCUAUUAAUUGUCU